AUGGGCUGCUGCGCCAGCGCACCGGCGCAGGUGCAGCAGCCUUCUGAGCCGCUUCAGAAGAGCGCGCAGCAGCCGUCUGAGCCUCUCCAGACGAGUGUGGAGCAGCCUUCGGAGCAGCCUUCGGAGCCUCUCCAGACGAGUGUACCUGUAGAGGUUCGCGUUGGCAGACCCCCUGAUGCGCAUGGGCAGUUUUUGCGAAUGCUUAGCAUCAAUGACGUAUACAUCCUGGACAACUAUGCAAGCUUUGCCGCUGCUGUCCAGAUGCACAGAAAGCUCGGCGCGACACUGGGCUGCGUGGUGACGUCGCACAUGAAUGGUGACUUCCUGUCGCCUUGUAUGCAUACGGCGCUGGAUGGCGGAACCACCAUGAUGCAGGGCCUCAACUAUGCCAAGCUGGAUUAUGUAUGCUUAGGGAAUCAUGAGUUCGAUAUGGACAAGAAGCAGUUGGAAUCGCGGCUGCCACUCUUCAAAGGCAAGAUCGUCAACACGAAUGGGGAGGACCCAGAGUUGCGCAGUUUGCCCAAGUACGAUGUCGUUACCGUCGGCAAGCGGAAGGCUCUCAUCGCGGGUCUCUGUAUCCGUGACAAGUCCAUUUACUCCGAGAAGAACUGUCCAACGAUGCUUCCCUUCCUCGACUCUUGCUUGACGGCCUGGAAGUCGUCCAACGCGAAUGUCGACAUCCUGGUCCCCAUGACCCACCAGCUGAUCGAGGACGAUCGUGCCUUCGCCCUCGAGAUUCAGCAGGACCCCACCCUGCGCGGCAAGGUGCCGGUGAUUCUGGGCGGCCACGAGCAUACUGUCUUCGAGGAACGGGCCGGCGAGUCCUUGAUCGUCAAGACGGGGCAGGACGGGGCAAACAUAGCCAUCGUCGAUGUGUGGUGGACGGCGACGGGCGAGGUGAAGAGCCGCCACGUCCUCGUGCCCGCCUCGUCAUUCCAGCCCGAAGCCGAGGCAGCAGCCUGGGCGAAGGAUCGGGAGGACUUCUUGGUGAAGGCCAUGAAGGCGACGCUCAUGGAGCUGCCCUCCAAGAUGUCGACCAAGAUGGUCCGGUUCGAGCAAUCCGACCUGGCAGGCUUCCUCUUACAGAAGCUGAAGCGAGGCUUGCAUCAGCAUGGCGCUGACGUUGUGAUCAUGAAUGGUGGCGACGUCCACGGCAGAGCCGACUACGAGCCGGGCCCGUUCACUUUGGGGGACCUUUACAAGGAGUUGGCCUAUGAUGAGGCCUACGCCGUGGUUCCGAUGAAGGGCUCCAUUCUGGAGGAGGCUGUGAAGUUCUCACGGACGGGCAGCGACCAGAAGCCAGCCUUCCUCCACCUUGAUCAAGAUUGCACCACGGAUGCAGAGAACAACAUCCUCACCAUCAACCAGCAGCCUUUCGAUGCAACCAGGGAGUACAAGGUAGGGGUGCAGCGCGUCCUCCUCCUGGGCAUGAACUCCAUCACGCCACUGGUGGAGUACGGCACGGCGAAUGGGGUGCCUGACGAGGAGUGCUGCCCGAUGGCGAAGCCAACAAUCAUAGAGGUUUGCAUGAAGGACAUGUGGAGGAACCUCUUGGGCUACUCCUCCUGGGACCAGAACAGGGAUGGCAAUUUGGAACCCAGUGAACUGCGUGCUGGGCUGCGGGCGGCCUUCAAAGAGAUGGACAAGGACCAGAGUGGCCUCGCGGACGCUGCAGAGGUUGAGACCUUCCUGAAGACGCGCAGUCCGAACAAUGCCUCCGUGUCCCUAGCACACCAGCUGCUCCUCGCGGCGGACAAGGACGGCAACGGCAUGGUCCAGAUAGAAGAGCUGGCGAACUUCCUGCACUGA